CUGACAUCGCCUCCUCGGAGAGCCUGGCCUGGGACUCGGAAUGCCUUGCGACACCAACCGUGUUUCCUGGACUUCCACGGGCGCUCCUAAGUCACCCUGACCCCACUACCUAUUUCGCCCCAUCAAUGUAAUAAGCUCCCUGAACAAGUACCUAGGUAGAUAUGCAGGAUCCACCAAAGCGCAGGAGUACAGACCAGUCGAUCAAGUCACUACGGUCGCAACGGAGGAGGAACACGGCCCCUCCACAAUCAGGAACGGAAGAGCGGUGCCAGGACAUAUACUCGAGUUAUCGCCUAAACUGGGCAACCCUGCGAGGGUACCUGCAGCGCAAGUGGCCGGACUUCAACUUCCCAGAAGACGGGCUGCAGGAAAACGAUCACUGGAUCUUCUAUGUUCCGCAAAAGCUUGAUGAGGUUGAUAGGCAUGAGAUCGCCAUAUUGAGGGAUGACGAGCUUGCAAAAUCUUCUGCGCCUCCCAGAUCCCCAUCUCCAGAGUAAAAUGCAAAGGGAAUAGCGAGGAGAGGGUGCAGGAGGGGAAGGGGGAAGAGGGGGAGGGGGAGAGUCUGAGAGUGAUUGGAUAGUAUGACCAGUGGGAACCACUAGGUACAUAUCCAGUUGGGCUGUGCUGCAGCUGGCCGCAACCAGGGCAAUGUACGAGGUGUGUGGGUGUUGAUCGCACUGAGACACGGCCAAUUAGUGGUCCGCUGACGCACAUGUUCCGAUGGAUUUGGUGUCACCACAUGCACAGCCCUUAGUAAGGCCCGGUGACCUGGACGGCAUUUUGGGGAGGCUCUGCCAUGUAAUGGGUGUCGGCGCAAAGUCGAGCCAUUUGUCAAGAUUCAUGUGAGACGAUAGCAUGUAAAGAAGCUAUGGUGUCCAGUCUCCAAUUGAUACAUUUAUGUGCG